GAUGACAUAAAAUUCAUCGCAUCAUAUAUAAACCUAUCCUUAUAGUACCUCUGUACUUUCUGUUCCAGUAAACUUUACUUCGAGUUAUCCUCAAGUAUCUGCAACACGCAUCACGCAGCCAUGCGAAUUUUGACCUGUUUUCUGCUUCUCUUCGGCACCUCUGCCUGGGCGGCGUCCUCUGGGUAUGGAAAAUCUAACUUUAAGAAUGGACGAUCGGUAAUCGUUCACCUGUUUGAAUGGACAUGGAAUGAUAUCGCAAAAGAGUGUGAACGAUUUCUCGGACCAUAUGGCUUCGCCGGGGUACAGAUCUCACCACCUUCAAAACAGAACAAGGUAACGAAUCCAUGGCGUCCUUGGUACGAGCGGUAUCAGCCAAUGAGCUACGAACUGACAAGCCGAAGCGGAGACGAGGCAGACUUUAGGGACAUGGUUGAACGAUGUCGAAAAGUCGACGUCCUCAUCUACGUCGAUGCCGUUAUCAACCACAUGGCAGCAAAGAGCUACGAAUUCAGCGAGGUGCCAUACUCCCGAAACGAUUUCAAUGUUCCGAGAGGAUAUUGCUCUACUAGUAACGGACAAGUUGGUAACAACUACCACGACGCAGACAUUGUGCGAAACUGUGACCUGGUCGGACUGAACGAUAUUCUGUUCGGAUCGAAGACAAGCUAUUAUGCCGACAAGAAGGUGGCCAGCUACAUGAACAAGAUGAUCGACAUGGGUGUGGCCGGGUUCCGGAUCGAUGCCGCUAAGCACAUGUGGCCGGGUGAUCUGAAAAACAUUUUCGGAAGACUUCACACAGUGGAUGGCAGCAAGCCUUAUAUCUACCAAGAGGUGAUUGAUCGUAAUCCCGGAGCGGAGGCUGUUAGAGCGUCAGAGUACGUCGGUUUCGCUGAUGUCACCGAGUUCAUAUACUGCGAUAAGAUCGUAGGGAUAGGCACGGGCGACAAUAAGGCCAAGUAUUUCAAGAACUUCGGCGAGGAUUGGGGUAUGAUGGACUCCAGAGAUGCUUUCGUGUUCGUCGAUAACCAUGAUAAUCAGCGCAGCCACGGGGGCGGCGGUGAUAUCUUGACUUACAAAGACUCGACGCCAUAUAAGAAGGCUUUGGCCUUUGGUAUGGCAUGGAACUAUGGCAUUUUCCGCGUCAUGAGCAGUUUUUACUUCGACGACCCUGACUCCAGCCCACCCGCUCAUAGUGAUGGAAGCAUCAAAUCGCCUAUCAUCAACUCUGACGGUACCUGCGAUAACGGUUGGGUCUGCGAACAUCGCUGGCGUCAGAUCAAGAACAUGGCGUGCUUCCGCAACGCCGCUGGCUCGAACCCCGUCGAGAACUGGUACGACAACGGAGACAACUUCAUCGCUUUCUCGCGCGGCAACCGUGCCUUCUUUGCCAUCAACAACCAAUCGUAUCGCGUGACUUCCACUCUCCAAACUGGUCUCCCUGCUGGCGAGUACUGUGACGUCAUCAGCGGCGACCCGACCAAUAGCGGCUGUGCAGGAACCAAGAUCUCUGUUAACAGCCAAGGCAAGGCUUCUAUCUCGAUCCAUAGCGGCAAAGAUUCGAUGAUUGCUAUCCACGUCGGAGCUAAGUCUGGGAGUGGAAACACUCAGUGCCAUUGGUAACCGAAUUCAACACAACGGCUUAUACCACGAAACCAUAGGUAUCCUCCUGAAAUGGUUUACGUGGUAACCUAAUAAAGUAGACCUAAAAUAUAUGCGAAUUGUUUAAUAAUGGUUCCACUCAUGUUGCAUAAUGGCACAAUCUAUGUUAAUAGAAUAAAACGACCCAACUCUAAGGUGAGACUCAGUGUAAAGCGACCAUUGAAUGGAGGUGGUCUUUCUACACAGGUUCUAUAAUCUAUAUUUCACAUGUUUAACAUUAUUUUGAAGGAGACAUUCAAAUAUAACAAAACAUCUACUAGUCUAGGCGUUGAAAUGUAUAACUAACGUGCCAAUGAGACCUAAUCAAAUAAUCAAUCUAAAUAAAAGCUCGUCCUUUCAGACAAAAGCAAUAAAAAAUGA